UUAAUCAUGUUUCCAUUUGGUAAGUUACCAUACGCAUUUAUAGACCUUUCAGACCCAAGUAUGAAUGUACGUGAAAAUGCACAGCACGGGAUCUGAGGAAUGAGGAAUAAGAAUUACAAAUGUGCGGAUUCAAAUGAAAUUAAAUAAUAAUUACAAAACCAUUGAGAUCGAAAUAACGACUUAUAAAACUGAACUACGUGACAAUCAUUAUAACAUGAAUGAAACAGAGAAAAACCUUAGGACAAACUAUCAAAAUAGAUUCAUUUGCUCCAUAUGUUUAAACAAAAAGGCGUCUCAAGAAGACAACCGAAAUGUAGAAUGUUGUAGAAAGAAAACUAUGUCUUGUCCGAUUUGCCAGAAAAAUUGUGAUACUGAUGAAAAUAAAACCGUACAUAAGAAAAGUGACUACAAAGGCAAAGAUGACAAAGCCAAAAUAAAGGAUAAAUCUGAUAGUAAAGAUAUCAACGGGAAAAACAUACAAACUUCACAACCAGAUGUUACUAAAGGCCUGACUUUGCUGAACGAAGUUCUGACCGUAUUUCAAACUAAAAAACAACUAGACUUUAAAAAGGAUAACACAAGCAAAACUGUUAUAGUAAAAGACGCUAGCGUUGAAACCGAGAAAAGAAAACCUAAAUUAAGAGUUAGCAAAACAUUUCUAUAUUCUUUAGGAGAAAACGAAGAAAUGCAGAAAAAUGGUAAAUUCUCAAUCAUCAACUCAGAACCCGAAACGGCUAUAAAAUCACAAUUUUCAAUUGACUUGAAACACAAAUCUUCGUCGAUCCCGCAAAUGAAAUUAGAAGAACUGAAGAAUUCACUGAAAGAGAAAACUAAAUCUAAAGAUGCUAUUGAGGAAGUCAACAGAAUGUUCGCGACUGUUAGAAAACAUCAAUUAGGAGAAAGUCUAGAUGAUUCUAACAGGCCAAUGAUUAGACAUGGUCCCAGAGUGUUGCCAGUUGUUAAAACUAACACCAUCUACGAAGGAAAUAAUAUCGUACGACAGGAUAAGAAAGAGUGCUGUAAUUGUCAGACGAGUUAUCACAUGUCCAGUGGUGAUUCUAUACAUGGAUGUCAUCCUAAGCAGGAAAGAUGCAAUGAAUGUUGUAAACCGUGUUGCUAUAAACGUCGUUGUGGUAAAGUGUGCGACCAUUGCUGCAAUGUGAUACAGGAUUGCAAUCAUGUUGUUGAUGUUCAUGAACAUUAAGUUAUAAUGACCUAUCUACUAGAGCAGUUACGCGUACCGAAAUCUAUGCGUGUUCUAUAAAAAUAGGUGUAACUUUGCGGAAGUACAUUAUAUAAAAUGAAAAGCCAGAUUUUUCUAAUACGCGACAAAAACCAAACUUACGCUUAGAGACUAACUUGCUUUGCUAUGUAGUUUUCUUAUUACUCCCUAAUAUUAUAUAUCCACUGCUGGACAUUUUAAAAUUUGAAUUUGACCGUUUGAGCGUUUAUCGGUUCUACGAGCUAUGUGCCUCAUGGCCAUUUUAGCUUUGCGAUUCUUUCAGCUAUGUCGGUACGGUUCUUCUGCGAAGCUCCUGAUUUUAUAUUUGAUUACUUAUCAAAAUUCUUAGCAUAAUCAAGUACUACGUUUAACAACCAAUCGCAAAACUUGCUUAUAUUAAGCCUCCGGUGAUUGGUCCAACAGCCGCUGGCCUAGAUGCCUUUAUUCAUCCUUGCCUUUAGAAUUUUGAGCAUAUUUACAUCUGUAAAUCCUGCGGGAUUUAUUAUG